AUGGCCGGUGAGCCUAAGCCAGCUCAAAAGCGCCCACGCCUCCCUUUCAAACCUCCCAGUCGCACAACCAGUGCGGGACCAUCCAAAGCAAAGCCAAAACAACCCAGCACAAAAGCAUCAGCAUCUACAACGGCACCCAAAAUAACAAAAAACAAACCUACAACCCAAAGCAAAUCCACAAGCCUUGGGAAACGCCCCCGAGCUGAAUCUCCAGCUGAUGCCAAUGCCGUCUCUGAAUCUGGAUCAGAGUCGGACUCUGAUGGAUCGAGCCGCAGUCGCUCGCGUUCACUCUCUCAAGAGCCGGACUACAUCCUCGCUGAAAUAACAACUACACAUCAAGAAGAGGACGUGACGUUCAGCGACCCCAAAAUACCAUCCAAAUUGCUUACACGAUUGCUGCACCAGCAUUUUCAGAAUGAAAAGACGAAGGUUGCGAAGGACGCCAAUAACGUUGUGGCUAAGUAUGUCGAUGUCUUUGUGAGGGAAGCCAUCGCCCGGGCUGCUUAUGAGAGGGCCGAGUCCGAAGGAACUGCUGGGGGAAGGGGUGUUAGGGGUGGGUUCCUCGAGGUCGAAGAUCUCGAGAAAAUGGCGCCGCAGCUCACGAUGGAUUUCUAG